GCUGCCCCCCCCCCCGAAAUAUUUUUAGCAACAAAUUUUUUAAUUGACAAUUUAUAAACUAAAGCGAGCGCCCCGGCAGUGGCUGGCAGUGAGUAGAGCAGCACUAAUGGCAGCAGGCGGCCGCCAAAUGCGCCAAAGGGCCAAAAAAGGCAGCAAAAUCAGUCGCAAAGCCAAAGUAGAGCAACUGCAGCUGUAACUGUAACUGUUAACCCUGGGCAGGGCGCGGGGAGGCAGGGUGGCAGUGGCAGCAGUGGCAGUGGAAGAGGAAGAGAGCUGGGGACGCCAAAACGGAAGAGGAAGAAGAAGAGCACAUCUUGAAUUCCUGGGACAAACGACGAAAUGGAGUCAACCAAUGCAGGCGCUGCUCCACUAGUGGCCCUAAAGCCUGUGGCAACGGACAGGACUCAAGUGGAUCCCAUAGCAGUCAGGUCGCAGGAGGCGGAGGACGAAGACGAGGAGGAGGAGGAUGAUGAUCCCAAGGAGGAGGAGGCCUUCUACGAUUCGCGCAAUGGCAACGAAAGCGAUGAACUGGAGCAGGCCUUCCAGAGUGCCCUGCAACUGGCCAACGAUGUGCAGGUGAGUGUCAGCGAGGCGGAGGAGCAGCAGGAACAGGAGCAGGAUCAGCAGUUAGGUGCCUGCGCUUUGCCAUCGCCCAAAGAAGAGCUACCGCCGGAACGCAAGGAACCCCGCCACCAGACGCUGCUCUCCACCAAAUCCUGCGAGACGCCGGCCCAGAAUGCCACGCUCUCGCCCACCAAUUCCUACAAUGGCAGCAUUGGCAGCGAUGGCGGCAGCAGCGUGGGCGGCGGCGCCCGCCGCAAGUCCUGGACACUCUCACCGCAGAGUGGCGGCUCCACGCCCCUCAGCGGCGCCAAAAAGAAGACCAAGGCACCCAUAACAAUCAGCACCACCACAAAUGGCGAUGGCUUUAAUCUGUGGGUGGCACGUGAAUGCUUUGAAACGGUGCCUGCCGAAAUGGUGGACGCAUUGAGCAUGGCCGAGGUGGAUGAAGAGCUCCAUGAGCAGCAGGAGGAGGAGGAGGACGAGGACGAGGAGGCGGCUGCCGUGGAGAGUCUGCUGGGAGCGGCCGCUGCCCUCCACGCCAGUGCCCAUGUGCAGCGCCGUCAGCAGCAGAAGCAGCAUCACCAUCUGCGACAGCCUUCGCCGCCACAGCAUCGACCGCUGGAACGCUCUUGGCCGCCGCGUGCAACCAAUCGGGAGCUCAAGCUCCAGGGCGAUGUCUUCCAGUUCGACAUCCUGGACACGGACGAGCGUGGCCUGGCCGAGCUGGAGUUGGCCCAGCCGGGCAGUGGCAACAGUUCCAACAACUCACCCCUAAACACGCCACCCGUGCGCUUUAAGCCGCUGCUCAAGAAGAAGAUCGGGCCGGAUAGCUAUAUCAAUACCAUUAGCACGCAGAAGGUGCCGGUGCCGUUGCCUGUUAACCAGAGCUAUGAGUUCCCCACCUUUCCCAGCAGCUCCUCGGCCGUGGCCUCCUCCUCGCCCAAUAGUCUGCAAUUUCCGUAUCUACGCCAGCACCGUCCACUCACCCGUGCCCUUUCCAAUGGCAAGGCCAGUUCAUCGGAGGAGCAGGCAGCCGCAGUCGCGGCCUCGCCACGUCUCCUACUCUCACCGAAAAGGCAGCGCAGUCCGCCCUCGGGCUGCUCCACGCGCAGUGCCUCGCCGCUGGAUCUCAGCCUGAGUCCCGAGCAGCAUUCGCCCACCAGGGGCAGAGGAGUGGGCGGAGGGGCAGCCCUUCAGGAUGUGGCUAUGGCAGCGACGCCUGGAACUCCAACAUUCCAUGGCCAGCGACCUCAGCAGCGGCUGCUGAAACGGGUCGGCGGAGGAGCCGGAGCUGGAGCUGGAGCUGGUACACCCUUGGUAUGUCCGCCCACGCCCACCCACCAUGCCCGCCGGCAUGCCCGCCUCCAGGCCGUCACUGCCAACUCCAGCCUGGCCAUGGAAGCCCCAGCAGCAGCAGCAGCAGCAGCAGCCGCCUCUAGUCAAUUGGAUUACAUUUACCUGCAGGAUGGUGGAAGCAGCCAGGAGCAGGCUGCUCAUCAGGUUCUGGAGCCUCCCGAUGAAGUGGUGCACAUAAGCAGCACCCGUUUGCCUUCCAUACCCGAACGCAGUGCAGCAGCAGCGGCGGCGGCGGCGGCGGCAGCGGCAGCAGCAGCAGCAGCAGCUAGUUCUGGAGCAGCCCUAAUCGAACCGGGCACCGUUUCCGGAAGCAGUGGAGGAGCCACGGCAGAGCCGCCACUGCCGCCCGCUUGGGAGGCGCGCAUGGACAGCCACGGCCGCAUCUUCUACAUUGAUCAUACCACGCGGACGACCUCGUGGCAGCGACCGGGUGGUGCGGCGCCCAGCGGUGGACCGGCGGGCAGGGAGCAGCAUCAUCGCCAGCAGCUGGACAGGCGCUAUCAGAGCAUCCGUCGCACCAUUACCAAUGAGAGCAGGGCAGCGCAGCUCUACAAUCUGCCAGCCUCGGCUGCAAAUAGCAAUAGCAAUGCUGCUCCGGCUGUGGCUGUUGCUGUGGCUCCUCCGCCACCGCCCAAUCCCGCCUCGGCCAUCCAUCCGGCCAUCCUGAUGCUCUGCCGCCCCGAUUUCUACUCACUGCUGCACACCAACGAGGCAGCGCUGGCCAUCUACAACCGGAAUGCCGCCCUCAAGCACAUGGUGAUGCGCAUCCGCCGCGAUCCGCAGUGCUUUCAGCGGUAUCAGUACAACAAGGACCUGGUGGCACUGGUCAACACCUUCGCCCAAAUGGCCCGCGAACUGCCCUCCUGCUGGGAGACGAAGCUGGACCAGUCGGGCAAGCAGUUCUUCAUUGACCACCAGCACCGGCGCACCUCCUUCAUGGAUCCCCGCCUGCCCGUGGAGUGUCCGCGCGUGGUGCGCCAUCGACAGCAGCAGCAGCAACAGCAACAGCAGCAGCAACAGCAACAGCAGCAGCAGCCAGGUGUGGGCUACUACUACCCCGAUCUGGUGGAUGGCAACUGCCUGUCGGCUACCAGUGGGCACAUAAAUGCCAGUCCCGGAUCCUCGGUGUCCGGAGUGCCGCCAUUGCCGCCGCCCAGGCCCUCAUCGUCGGCCACUUCAUCCACGUCCAGGGGCAGCCAUGGCCAUGGACAUGGGCAUGGCCACAACUGCACCACGGCGGCGGCCAUCGCCUGUGCCUUUAGUUUGGGCGGAGCAGCGGGCGGGGCCGCCGGAAUGUCAGGAAUGGCGGGAAUGACUGGAGUGGGGGCCACAGCAGCCGGAUACGAAGACGUGCCCAUUGCCUACAACGAAAAGGUCAUCGCCUUCCUUCGCCAGCCGAACAUCCUGGAGAUCCUGCGAGAGCGCCAAGGCCAGCACACCAUGUCCCGCCCGCUUCGUGAGAAAAUCAAUAUCCUGCGGGUGGAGGGCGUUCCCGCCCUCGAGAGAUUGGGCCAUGACCUACAACUGACUAUUUUGCUGAGCCUGUUCGAGCAGGAGAUCAUGAGCUAUGUUCCUAUUGAAGAGCGCAGUCCGCAGGGAUCGCCGGUGCUCAGUUCGCGGAUGCCACAGCGGGCGCCGCCGCCCUUCCGGCGCGACUUCGAGGCCAAGCUGCGCAGCUUCUACCGCAAACUGGAGUCCAAGGGCUAUGGCCAGGGACCGCACAAGCUUAAACUCCACAUCCGCCGCAGCCAUUUGCUGGAGGACGCCUUCCGGCGCAUCAUGUCGGCGAACAAGAAGGACCUGCAGCGCGGCCGCCUGGCCGUGCUGUGGGACACGGAGGAGGGCCUGGACUACGGAGGACCCUCCCGGGAGUUCUUCUUCCUGCUGUCGCGCGAACUGUUCAAUCCGUACUACGGACUGUUCGAGUACUCGGCCAACGAUACGUACACGGUGCAGGUGUCGCCGCUGUCGGCGUUCGUGGACAACUGCCACGACUGGUUCCGUUUCAGUGGCCGGGUGCUGGGACUGGCACUGGUGCAUCAGUACCUGCUGGACGCCUUCUUCACGCGACCCUUCUACAAGGCACUGCUGCGCCUGCCGGUGGCGUUGAGUGACCUGGAGUCGCUGGACAAUGAGUUCCAUCAGUCGUUGCAGUGGAUACGCGACAAUGACAUCGGCACGGGCGUGGAUCUGGGCCUCACCUUCUGCGUCACGGAGGAGCUGCUGGGUCGAGUGGUGGAGCGCGAGCUGAAGCCGGGCGGCAAGAACAUCAUCGUGAAUGAGAAGAACAAAAAGGAGUAUCUGGAGCGCAUGAUCAAGUGGCGGCUGGAGCGUGGCGUUCAGGAGCAGACGGAGUCGCUGGUGCGCGGCUUCUACGAGGUGGUUGACUCGCGUCUGGUAUCCGUCUUCGAUGCCCGCGAACUGGAGCUGGUGAUAGCCGGCACCGCGGAGAUAGACACCAACGAUUGGCGCCUGAAUACGGAGUAUCGCUCGGGCUAUCAUGAUAAUCACCAGGUUAUCGUGUGGUUCUGGCAGGUCAUCGAGCGGUUUAGCAAUGAGCAAAGGCUGCGACUGCUUCAGUUUGUCACCGGCACUUCAAGCAUUCCCUACGAGGGAUUCUCCGCGCUGCGUGGCUCGACGGGACCACGACGCUUCUGCAUCGAGAAGUGGGGCAAGCCGAAUGCCCUGCCACGUGCCCACACGUGCUUCAAUCGGCUGGACCUGCCACCGUAUCCCACGCCCGAGCUGCUCUACGAGAAGCUGCUGCUGGCCGUCGAGGAAACGAAUACGUUCGGCAUUGAGUAGGCAUGUGAUAUUCGGCCAGCCUCACUUUGUUGCAGCACCCAAAACAACCAAAACAACCAAACACUUAACACUAAACACAACCCAAAAACGCUUUAUUUCGAUUUUAGAAGUUUUUUAUAACUUGCCUAAGUCUAGGUAUUCCAUUGGGGUGUUGCAGAAAUACCAGUUGUUGUCCCUGCCACUGAUUGAAAAGGUAUUCAGGAAGUUUUUAAUUUAUAACUUAACAUUUGUUGUCUCUGAAAGUGGAUGAAAAAGUCUUUAGUUAGUUUUAAAAUUGUUUUACCCACAAAAUCUAAGGAACUAAAUACUUUACAAUAUAUAAUGUACUUAAAACAGG